AUGUUUAGUAUUAUUUUCUUUGUUUUAUUACUGACCAAGUUUUACAGUUCUCAAUGCGAAAAUUUUGAUAUUGACACAAAUGGAUACAUUGUUUACUGUCCAUGUAUGGGACGGUUUGGAAAUCAAGCUGAUCACUUUUUAGGUGCUUUGGGAUUUGCAACAGCAUUAAAUCGUACUCUGGUUCUACCACCAUGGGUUGAAUACAGAACAGGGGAAACUAGAUCUCUACAAGUUCCUUUUAGUACAUAUUUUAAUGUUUCACAAGUGCAAAGCUGUCAUAAAGCAAUGUUAAUGGAAACUUUUAUGGAAGAUAUUGCACCAAAAAUAUGGCAACCUAAGGAAAGAGUAUCAUUCUGUUACUCUGCACGUGGUAAAGGAGAUUCUUGCAAUGCUAAAGAAGGAAAUCCAUUUGGUCCAUUCUGGGACACUUACAAAAUAGAUUUUGUUAAAUCAGAAUUCUAUGGUCCUCUUCAUUAUGAUGUUUAUCAUACAGACAUGGCAAUACAAUGGAAGAAACAAUAUCCUGCAAUAAACUGGCCAGUGUUAGCAUUCACAGGUGCACCUGCUAGUUUUCCUGUUCAGCUGGAAAAUAAAAGGUUACACAAAUGCCUUGAAUGGAAUACAGAAAUGCUUAACAGAGCAAAAGCAUUUAUUAAACAGAAGUUGCCAGAGGGAGCUUUUAUAGGUAUUCAUUUACGUAAUGGAAUUGAUUGGGUUCGUGCUUGUGAAUUUAUAUCGAGUACACCAAACCUUUUCGCUGCUCCCCAAUGUCUUGGAUAUAGAAAUGAAAGAGGAAAAGCAACUUCUGCCAUGUGUCUACCAUCAUUUGAUUUAAUAGUUCGUCAACUCAAACGUGUUAUUCGUAAUGGUAAUAAUAUCAAAUCAGUUUUCGUAGCAUCAGAUAAUAAUUAUAUGAUUGACGAACUUAGUAAAGCUUUGUCGCGUAUGGAGGUAUCAGUUUUCAAACAAGAUUCACCUGCAUUUCCUCAUUUGGAUUUAGCAAUUCUUGGAAGAGCAAACUACUUUAUAGGAAAUUGCAUUUCUUCUUUCUCAGCUUUUGUUGCAAGAGAAAGAGAAGUGAAAGGAUAUCCUACAUUCUUCUGGGGCUUCCCCACAGAAAGGUUAUUUUCUAUUACCCACGAAGAAUUGUAA